AUGACGAACAGCGAGUCGACGACUACUCAUAGUGAGGCUUGGGGGUCCGCUGAAAAUCCGGUGAAGCAUGUGCGCGCCCGCACCCACUCAACGGACAUUGGAGAUUCGAAGAGGACCGUGGCGUUUGGCGAGUAUAGACGCUCUUGGCUGACGCCGUUCUUCGGCUCCAACGAUUCGGAACCGCAGUUUUCGUGGAACGCCGUACACCCAUGUAAGCUUUUUAGUCGACACGUGCAUGAGUGCUUGGAGCAGCAUGAAAAUAACGUUGAUUUUUGCCAGACGAGGGUGGCCCUCCUUCAGUCAUGUUUAAAUGAGUUUAAUAUGUAG